AAGUAUAUAUGAACUGCUUGCCGCGCAGAUAGUCCAGUUGAAUUUUGUUUCUGCUUGCAGCUGAGCGUCAGCAUGGAAGGCUUAAUUAAGAAAAUUAUUUUCCUUUUCCUGACGCCAGAAUGUUUCGACGAGUAUUUUGUAAAUUUCAAUUUUUUUCAUGUACCAUGCUUGAAGGCAACAAUAAGCAAAGCCCUCGGGUUGGUCAUAAUCGCCGGAUCAGUUAUGGUGAAAGUUCCGCAGAUCACGAAGAUCCUGAAUGCUAAGAGCGCGGAGGGAAUCAGCUUUGCGAGUGUUUUGCUGGAACUAUCCGCCAUCACUUCCAGCGCCUCCUACAGCUUCACCCGGGGAUUUCCAUUCAGCUCGUGGGGCGAGGGCCUGUUCCUGGCGUUGCAGACGGCGGCCAUCGCGGCGCUGGUGCUGCAUUUCGGGCGCUCUGCCGCGCACGGCGCCGCCUUCGCAGCGCUCUACUCCGUCUUCGUCUACAGUCUCACCUCCGGCAUCGUGCCGCCGGACUUCCUGUGGAACCUGCAGGCGCUCAACGUGCCUAUCAUCAUCACCGGAAAGAUGCUGCAAGUGAUAGCGAACUACCGCAACGGCGGCACGGGCCAACUGUCAUUCGCCACCGGCUGCAUGCUGUUCUUCGGCUCACUGGCGCGCAUCUUCACCUCCAUCCAGGAGACUGGCGACAUCAUCCUGGUGGUGACCUACAUGAGCGCCUUCAGCGUCAACGCCAUGAUCUUCGGACAGCUGAUCUAUUACAACAGGAAAUCCCCGAAAUCCUCGCCGGCGAAGGGCAAGAAGGGCUCCGCCAAGGAGCAGCGCUCUUCUGGCAAACAGCGCGCCAAGAAGGAGUAAGCUGUCUCUCCCCAGGAGUACAUCCGGUUGACUACAGUCCGCGCUCACUCGACACGUCUCUGCACUCUACUUGAAAGCAAACAGGCUCACUUACGUACGGGUUGCAUUCCUUUUGUCCUACAAUCCGUUAACAACCUGUCGCGGUGUAUAGAAAGUUAUUUUUAAAAGAACAGAAGAAAUGUCACUAAUUUUACAACGGUCCUGUACAAGGUUCCAGUACCCAAAAAUUUUUCCUUUAGCAAAUAAUUAAAAUUCCGUAUCUCCACUACAUACAAAGCAUUUUCCCAUCGUUCGGUUGGAACACAGUCCAUGAAGUCACAGUCUCAUGAUAUUGUACCCAGUAUAACUAUGUUCCAGUGCAAGUCUCCACUUUCCCUAAGUAUAUCUGAAGUCUUCCUUUAACAUCGCCCAUUUGUAUAAGGACACUAAAAAUUCCGACAGUUAUAAACGUAGAACGUGUGUUGCAAUUUUUUGGGUUGAAAACGAAGAUUCAACGAGGAAAUCGAAACCUUGGUCGAAGAGGUAGUUUUCUCUUGUUUUAUCACGAAUCAAUUCUCAUUCAUUUAGCAGAUCUCAACCGAACUCGUUACGUAUUUAUUACAAUACGAGAUUUUUGCAACUCUUUGCCAGAGGCAUUAAAAUCGUCAAUAAGAUGUUGAAUUCUGAUUCAUGUUGCUCCUAAAUUUAUAUUUUACCGAAAAUUUUUCUUCUCGAACGAAGGUAGACGUUUUUAUGACAGUCAAGCGGCCAAUUAGUGAAAUGGCAGAGACGACGGGUUACAGUACACGCGUUUUUACGCCUGUUGCUUAUGCAUCACGUUGGGCGCUGGCGCCUGACGUGUCACGUGCGUGCAAGGCACUGUCAGUUCGCAAGACUGGUUUCGUCGACAGACUGUACUUCAACACAUUCACUGUACAUCAGCAGUAUCCUCCACUCUACACUGCAUGUCAUCAUAAGUUCCCAGUAUUCGAGGGAUGUGGGUGGGUUGGUUCAUUCAGAUUUUAUUUAUCUAUGAGCAACUUUCAAGAGUUUAAAUUUUUUUAAAUGCAUACUUUUUAUUGUGGUUAUUAUGGCAUUUUGUUUGUUUAAUUGCAGUUUGUGUAAACUGAAUUCGUAGGCAUUCCAUGAGAUACAUAAUGAAUAUCACUGUGUUCUGUCACAUUGGAAGUAGAAAGCUGGUACAGACCAAUAAAUCAGUUCAAAGUUAAAGAUCCAUCUAAUUUAGAAUAAAACAAUACAUGUAUAGACACAAUAAUAAUAAAUUAUCUUGUUAUCAUCUGAACAGUACAACGAAACAAAAAAAGAAGAAACAGGAACUUAUGUGGAGCUCGCCAUGAGAACUGAUAAUUUAGUAGAUGUUGACCCAUUUCAUAUUACAUUAUUCCAUAUUGCUGCUUUUCAAACCUUUUUUUAUCACCUUGGUUGAGUGUUGAGAAAAAUUCUAAUUUAGUAGAUGUUGACCCAUUUCAUAUUACAUUAUUCCAUAUUGCUGCUUUUCAAACCUUUUUUUAUCACCUUGGUUGAGUGUUGAGAAAAAUUCUGUACGUACUGUAGUACUGCCGGUUCCCAUAGUGUAUCAUUUCUUCCCAUUUUCCUUUUUGACAUUUGGAAGACUAACAGUAGAUAUGCUGCUUAAGUUCGGCUAACUUGAAAUUUUGAUUGGUAUCAGAACUGUUUCGCUUUUCUCUUACACGGAACUCCAGUCCUCAGCCUCAGCCACAUGGAUGUCUGCUUGAGAAUAACUUUUCAUUGCUUAGUUAGCAGAAAAUACACUGACUAACCAGAAGUCAUUUGAUGGAUCUGGGACACGAGUUGGUUGUUAAAUGCCGGAUCCCACACAGUCCAUUCAUCUCCAUACAGCCCUGGUAAAAAUGAGUUCCUGAUAAAUGUGGGUUCAAAUCGAUGAUGAUCUGACAAAGCAGACAGUCGAUUGCCCACUGUCGCUCUGCAGUGGUGGCAUAAUAUCUGUUCAUCAGUGACUUGUGUUCGUCCUGUGUAGUGGUUUGUGUGUUGUCUCCGUAGUAUUGAAGACAUUUUGGACCUCAAAAACACAGAUUUUUGUGUAAUCUUAGAUGUGAUACGACCCACACAUCUUGCAUUGAUUAUCAUCCCUUGUUCAAAAUUGAUGAACUCGCAACAUGCUGUCUUCUACACUACACAACUGCUCAAGUAACAUGUCUACACUCAUGUCAUACGCCUCAAUCAGCUGCAGUUUGUGGAUUUCGUAUAUGGCACAUAUUCAAAUGGGUCAACCUUUCAUGGUACUGUUAUGUUAGUUGUAUGUGGAAAUAUUCUCACUGAUGAGUUACAGUCCACAUGAAGUUUGGAGGGGAGGGGCGGACAUUUCCUUUUGGUCACCUGGGCAUAACCUAAACAAGGAAGAGAAUGGAAAUGUGUUAUGUGAGUCAUUUCAUAACUAUUAUGGCUGUAUGCAAGAUGGGAAAUGUAACUUGCACAUUUGUUUAUUGAAGAUAUUGCUCCUUUGCACUGAGACACACCUGCCUGAUGUGAACUUCAGUUUGCCUUGCCCUUCUUUGUUCUGUCAGCCUCAUAACUAUAAAUAUUUUUCAGUUUAUCUAUGCUGUUUAUCAAGAACAAAUGUCAGAACACCUUCACACAUUAUACAGAGCAGACUUACAACCCAAGUGUUUUGGCAUUGCCUGUGUCCGUCAUCACUCCUUUACAUAGUACCCAAACCAUUGUGGGAAAUGUGACCUUGUUUUGAAGAAUCAUUUAAUUGUUUAUUUUUGUCAUUGUGUCUAUGUGGGAAGCAGUAGUACCAGAAUUCUCAUAAUGGUUGACCAGUUAUAGAAUUUUUUCUUCUGCAGUCUCAGCUGCACUGUAGGUUUUCCUUGGAAUGAUAUGCAUUCUGUUUGUACUAAUUACUUGUAUUUAUAGGGGACUUCAUUCUAGCAUCUCUUUCCUCAUGUUUAAAAGCUAAAGUACUAUUGUGUUUUGUAAUAGAUACCCUGUAAGCUUGACAGUAAGUUUUCUAAAGCAAUGAAAGCAAUAUUCUACAUCCUAUCAUUUUGUAAAGUUGGCAUACUUAUAACAAUCUGUAUGGAAAAUUUCUACCUGAAUGUACUGUGUUAAGAGUAAUAAAUCAGUUCCUUUUGUACCUAGAAAUUAUAUAAUUUUUGAAGAUUCAGUAUUUUCAUUUAGCACUUCAGUGGGAAUUUCAUUUGAAUAUUGUCAAUAAGAUAUUUUAAUUUUUCUAUGCCUAUUAGAGACUGCCACUGUAUGCAAACUUUAUGUGCUUUCUGUCAGGGACCAGCAGUUUAUACAACAUUCACAUCAUUGUGGGAAAGCUUUGCGCCAUGGCAGCAUUUAGUAAUGUUGUUCUGUCAUUACAUUAAUUUUCUCACAAUAAGGGACAUUGUUUUGAUUCAGUUACUAUUUAACUUUUAUGGACAAAUGAGAAAAAUGAGGACAGUGAUUAUGUAAUAAUAGUAACUGUACUUAACUGAGUUUAUAAUCAUAGAGCAACACUUCAAUUUACUGUGGUGUUUAACCUUACUUCAUUUUAUAAUAAUUAGAUCAUUCCGUAAAUAUAGUCAAAUAUUUUGUAUUUAGUUUUUCAUGAAAAAAAAAUGUGCACACACAUGCAGCAUUUUAUUCUGAGGGAGUAGCAACAGUUCUUCAGACUAAAAUGUUACUUAAUUGAUUUAAAAGUUCUUAUAGAAUAGCAAUGAAUUUUUUUAUCUUUAAUAUUUCAUUUUAACAGAGAGAUGUAAAAUAAUUUAAUUUGUGGCUUGGAAACUGUUUCUUUGUAUGUAGUUCACUGUCAUCACUCUUACAAUCGGUUGGCUAAAAAGUUAACAUAGUGUUUUCAAAAUUGAAGGUUGUGAUUCAUUAUAUUCAUCACUGCUCUGAACUGGUGAUUCAUAUGAAGCCAGAAUAAUAAUAUCAUUGGGCCCAUAUACAAUUUUAGAUGUCAUCCAUGCCAUAAGCUGAGGAUAGUGAUAAAUUCCAUCUUAUGUUUCUCAAGCUCCAAAACUGCCAUUUUCAUGUUGAUUUAGUUUUAAGAUCACUACUGUAGCACUUCAUUAAAUUUGUAGGCAUUUCGACUUCAGAAAUGGUAUCAGUCAUUUCAGUUGAGCUUAAUUUUCAUUUGUUGACAGUACAUCACAUUAUAUUUUCACGUUUUUGUCCAUUUUUGUACUCUCAGAAUCCACUGAUCAAUUAUAUUCUGUGUACUUUGAUUUAAAUGUAUUUUACAGACAGUAGAAGAUACAGAGAAUGUGUUGCCUUUAUUAGUGCUACUAACUGCCUAUCAAAUAUUUUAAGAAAGAUUCUAAAUGCACAUUCAAAAGCUAGAAUAUUUAUUUUUCUUGUCAUGGAUUGUGAUGAGUCAUUUCGCUAUAAUGUGACUUAAUCACAGGUAAUAAAAGUUUAUUUUGACUUA